CAUGACUGCUGAUAAUGUUACGAAAUCUACUGGUUUCCGAUUGACUGAAAACGAUGAUAGUAUCCCACAGGUUAUUGACCAAGUUCACGUUUCAAAUUGUGAUAAACAAUUAGAAAUUGAAUCCUGUUUGCAAACAAAAAAGGACGACUUAAAAACUGCGAAAGGCAGAAAUUGGAGAGUGUUUAAUCUAAAAUUAUGGCGUUUUAAAUAUAUGUUCUUACUAUGGUCGUCGGUAAUUGGAUUAUCGUUGUGUAAUAUUCUGUUAUUAUGCUCUUUGAUGGAGUUUGAAAAAUUAUUUCAUACAACAAGGGAUGACAUUCCGUAUUUACUGAUUUUAAGGGCCAUAGGAGCUUUUUUCGGAGGUUAUGUUAUAAAUAAAUAUCUACAGAUUGGAAAUACAAAGUUAAAUGAAAAAAUAUUUGUUACUGCUCUCCUGGUUUUAGCAAUUUGUACCAUUUUACUUCCUCAGCUAUCCAAUAUAAACCAUGCUGUUUUAAUCAUUUUCUUCCAGGGAAGUGCAUUGAGUAUGGCAAGUUCUAUUUGUUUAGCAUUCCACAUUCACUUAUGGAGAGAAUUUUCUUUUCGUUAUUUACAAUUAAUACAGAUUCUAUACUGUAUAAGUGCCGCAGUUGGUAUUCAACUAAUUCGUCCCCUUUUGGGAGAAAGUGCAUGGGUUGUUAAUAAGGCAAGUAAGCCAGUCGAACCAAAGACAAUUGUCGUAACUACCACAUCUACAACAGAAAUUAAUGGUACAAAUGAGACUAUAAUGGAAUAUAGAUACAUUUCGGCUAUUUCAGUCACUCAUGGCAUGGUUAGCGUCUAUAUAAUCUGUGUCGUUAUAAUCGGUACUUUACUAUAUUUCAUUGGAUCUAAAAAGUUCUCUAAAUUACUAGAUAAACCAAAGUUUAAAAGCAUUUCACUUGCUGAUAAUACAAUACACGGAAAAACGUUAAAAGUCCUUUCAACGGCUUUCGUGUUUUUCCUGUGUGGUAAGGAAAUCGGCCAUACGUGCCUUAUAGUUCCCUAUUUAGUUGGUGAGAAAGGUUGGGAUUUAUCCGAUAGUCUUUAUCUACUAUCAACUGUUUAUGGAUUGUACGGUUUAACAAGAUUGUUAUUCUCCUUUACACUUACUGAAAACAAUCUACCGCGUCGUUUAAUUACUUCCAAUAUCUUGGGAAUGACUUUCUCUGUAUUGCCUAUAAUUCUACAAUAUUCUAGACUUUCAAUAUGGUUGUCAUUUACCGGCAAUGCUGUAUUAAUAGCAACUGCUUAUCACAAAGUUAACACGUGGAUUGGUCGUUAUGUUCAGAUGGACGAAAAGGCGGUAAGGAUAAUAAGUCUAGCUUACGAUAUGGGAGUCAUCUUCUGGCCAUUAUUAAUUACAACCGCUUACAGAAAAAUUCACAGCCAUUGGUUCUUUACAGCCAACUGCCUUCUUAGUCUUUCACUGCUUAUAGUCAUUUUAUUGAUGUAUGCUGUCACUAAAUGCGUACCCGAGCGAUUCAGGGUCAUAAAACCGCCAACAAAAGUUGAUUAUUAUUUUUGUAACGGAUGGUGGUCAACUUAUGUACAACCGGAUAUGGUUAUUGCCCAUCAGUCACUUAUAAACACUUCGAAUGUUAGCGGUUUUUGCGCGGCAGCAGAUUUAUUUCUCUCAAUACUUCCGUUAGCUAAUGGUGUUUGGUUUGUAAAAGAUGAGUUCAAGGGGUUACUUCCGGUUGUAGAUGGCUUAGAAAGUGACGUAACGAAUGUCAGUAAACCCGAAGUUAUGAGGGUUAAAAAGCGCAGUCCAAUGCCUUGUAAAAGUGCCAUAAUACAAACAGAAUCGAUCAUUCAAGAACAAGUAUGA